GAAUAUCGAUUUGACCCUGAUAUCUUGUUUACAAUAUUAUGAUUUUUAAAACACGUUCAAACAUAUUUUUACUUUAUUUGUGAGUGACAUAAAUUAAACAGAUAAGGAUAAACAAGCGGAAUACAUUUAAUAGUGUCUUAAGGUGUUAAUGAAACGCAGUUAAGAUAGUUAAUGGUGUUUAUAUCUUUUCAACUUUAUUUUGUUUAAAGAAAGAGCUUAAAUAUGUUUCCUUGGUUAAAAAAAUAAAAGAAAGAAACGAUGUCAACGAAACAACACUCAAAGAGCAGUACGCGCCCUGAAGGUCCCCAGAGAGAAGAGUCAAAGAUGUUAGCCAGUGAUUCUAUAUCAACAUGUGGUGAACCAGCAUUUGCAUCUAACAUUGACAGGUUUGAAACACUAGAAGAAGUUAGUAGAGCUAUAAAACAAGAAGGUGUUGAUAAUUGUGGUCUCAUUUUUGGUAUAGAUUAUACAUUAAGCAACAAAUUGCAAGGUCAGAUAACAUUCGGAGGUUCCAGUCUUCAUGAUAUUUCUGAUGACAAAGUUAAUCCAUACCAGGAGGUUAUAUGUAUACUUGGUGAGACUCUAGAACCUUUAGAUGAUGAUGGUAUAAUACCAGCAUAUGGGUUCGGUGAUAGACGGGUCAAGGAUAAAGGCAUAUUCCCAUUGAAGACUGAGGGAGAAUGUGAUGGUUUUGCCGAAGUGUUAGAUGUAUAUAAUGAAGUCACACCAUCAAUUAAACUUGGAGGACCAACUAACUUUGCUCCGCUUAUAAAAGAAGCUAUUGAUAUUGUUAAAAAAGAAAAACAGUACCACAUUCUAGUGAUUGUUGCAGACGGUCAGGUAACUAGCGAGGAGGAGACAAUAGAUGCUAUAGUAACCGCCUCAAACUAUCCUCUCUCAAUUGUUGUAAUAGGUGUAGGUGACGGACCAUGGGAAGUUAUGCGGGACUUUGAUAAUAAAUUACCUGAGAGAAAGUUUGACAAUUUCCAGUUUGUAGAAUUUCACAAAACCAAAUCAGAAGCAAGAAAUCCGCAAGCAGCAAUAGCACUUCAGGCCUUGAUGGAAAUACCUGAUCAGUUUAAAGAUAUUAAAAGACUGAAUCUGUUGAAUAAAUUGUGAAUAUUAAGAUAUUCUUCCAUAUGAGUUUCAUACAUUAAUGAAUUGAAAACUUUGUGACAUUGAGCAACUGCCACAUGCUUGCGAUAAUUUCUUCUUUUCUAGAGUUUUGUUAUAAAUCUAGGUUGUGAAUUUGUCAAAUGUAAAUGAGCCGCGUGUAGCAUUAGUUGUCCUAAUCGUCCAUUUCAUUUUUUUCUGACCUUUUAAGUUUAUCUUUUGUAUAUCACUCAUAGGAAACUGUAUGUCUUUUAAAGUAAUGUUAUCCGGUCAUGACAAAUUUAUCGCAGUAAUCACGUGGCCGUUUAAUGGCCUUAUUUGGGGAUCAUUUCUAACUGUACAGGGACGAAAAUUGCUGGACGCGGCUCAUAUAAGAAUACUCCUAACUUUUAUCUUGUUGAUGACACUGGUUGUGGCGCCGUUAUAUGUCGCAACGCCGCUAAAUGUCGCACUUGCCGCUAAAUGUCGCACCAUUGCCGCUCAAUGUCGCAACCGCCGCUAAAUGUCGCAAAAUCAUUUGCCGUUAAAUGUCGCAAUGUUAACGUUCAAUGUCGCACGGAUUUCCCCUACCGUUAAAUGUCGCAACACUAUCGUUAAAUGUCGCAAGAUGUUGAACUCGAGUUUUAUUAUUGUAUUAUAUCAAUUAAAUCUGCCUACUCAAGACGAAUUAUACCUGUUUGAAAACGAGUGAUUUUAUCAUAUAUGGAAAUGCGCUGCAAAUUAUACAACGAUAAUACUCAUAUCAUAAAUAAAUGUUUAUUGUUUUGCGUUCGAUUUUUACCUGAUCUUAUACAAGUACAUAUUGAUAAAUUAAUUAUACAAUUGUCUACCAUUUGUAUGAAACUGCAAAAUUUACAUUGUUAUGUAAAUACUUUUGUACAAACAUGUCUGUAAAAUUAGCAAAAGAGACAGCCUAACGGCCAGUCUGAGUUUGCAGAAUGAUGGCCUAGCAGGCUGAGGAGGCAAAUCGUCUCGCAGCCGGAAGAGGCAUCCUAAGAGACAACCUGGUAUGUGUUAGAUAGAAUCUGGUACAGAAGUCAACGUAGAUAAACAAAAUCAGUUUUGAAAGCAUAAAACAUGUUAUUUGCACAAACAGUUUAAAUGCUUUUAUUAUAUUUGCGUGUUUUUAUUUCCAUUUUAACGCCAGAGAGGCAGUGCUCAUUCAUACUGAUUCUUCAAUAAAUAUAAAAAAUGUUUACUUUACGCAUCUGUUCCAUAUUUUAUUUUGAACAAUAAAGUUCUCUUAAAAUAAAUACUCUAUAGUGCCUAUGUUUUGUAUUUAUGGUCAUUUGAAUUUUACUAUGAUGUUCUCGACAUGCGCGUUAGAACACGAUAAGAAAUCAAAAAGUUCUAAUCAAACUCGUGACAAAAAAACUACGAGCAUAAAAGUGGUUACAGAUAUAAUUAAUAUUGUCGUUACACAUGUAUAAUGUAUGUCUUGUGUUGUUUUGUUUUUUUCGAAAAUGUCAGAUUAAAUUUCAUUGAAAUCGUAACAGAUUAAGAUUUUCAUUACAGCAUUAGCAAUCAUGUGACAAUAAAAUAUAAAAAGCCUGGAUUCCCUGGCCAAUACGGCUAGCUGUAUUCAACCAAAUAGCAAGGCCAAUAUGAACAUAAUUAAUUAUUGGUAUUCUUAUAGAGAAUCUAUCAUAGUAUAAAGCGACUUGACGAGUGAAAUAUUACUUCCCAUAAUGUCCAAGCGUAAAUAGUGUUUGACAAAUGGUAAAAUGUACUUAAUUUUCUGUACGUUUUCUAAUUUUGACAUCUGCUCACUCAGCUGCCGGCAUAUAAUAUGAUAAUAUCUGCUUAUCGUGAAAUUCGCUCAUAUCUAACACCCGACCGCAGAUCAGCAAACCUGUGAGGAAUACUAAAUGAUCAAGAAUACUACACGAAUGCUAAAUGCAAGAUUUCAAAAUGGCCCAAAACACUUCACAUUUCGAAUAAGACCAAGCUUGUCUGUCGAUUUUCGUGUUGACCGUGCAUUUCAUACUGUGCAUUUUUUCACGUAUUUGCCGUUUCUGUUAAAAUGAAAUUUUUGCCUUGAUAUACAAUCAAUAUUUCAAGUUUGAAGUGAAUAUUUGUGAUGGUUUUGGGGAAAAAAUAUAAAAAGGGAGAUAAUUAAGCAAAAAUGCCUUUCAAGAUCUCUCCUUUAGAAAUACAUUUUACUUUUAUAUGAAAUAAGUAUUUUAUGUUUAAAGUGAAUAUGUUUGAACUUUUUUGAGCAAUUAGCCGUAACCAAAAGGUUAAUCAAGGCGAAAACAUAAUCGAAAACUUAACCAAAAAAGUUAACCAACGCCGAAAAGAAUGAAAAAAAUCAUUUCUCAAAAUCGUUCAAUCGGGAGGAAAUAAAGUUAGCAGUCAUUUGGUCACGGAGGCCCCUCAUACCUUUUGAUAUAAUGCAAAUAUUGUGUUAAAUCUGGAGAUGACAUAUCAGUUAUAGAGGAAAAACUACAAUAUAGCCUUAAUAUGAUUAUUAAGUGAUGUAAAAUAAAUAAUAUGCUUUUACACCCUAAAAAUCUAAAAGUAUGCUGGUAGGUAUAUAGUAGACAAAAGCUAAAGAUUGCAAAAGCAAUAAAUUUGAAAAUUAACGACUCAACUCUUGACAAUGUAGAAUCACAAAAACUGCUUGGUAUUUAUGUUGAAAAUACACUCAAUUGGCACUGUCAGGUAAAUGAUGUGUGUAAAAAAAUUGAACUCUAAAGUUAAUUUAUUUAGGCGUAUAAAGUACUUUUUAAAUGAGGAAUCUCGUAUGCUUUUUUAUAAUGCAUACCUUCUUCCUAUUUUUGAUUAUUGUUGUAAUAUAUGGGGAAAAGAAAACAAAAAAUAUAUAUGCCAAAUAUACAAAAUACAAACACGAAUUUGCAAAAUUAUUCUAGACCUUCCAAUGAGAAACCAAUCAGAAAGUUUAUACAAAAGAUUAAAAAUAUUGCCUUUCAAGAAAAGAUGUAUUUUUCACACCGGUGUCCAAGUAUAUAAAGCACUGAAUAAUAUGUCCCCUCAAUAUAUCCGAGACUUACUUACCAUAUCUAAUAAUCAAAAGUAUAAUCUAAGAAUAAUAUCUCACGGAAAUUUAAUUUCGUCUUACAAACCACGUACUAAUCAUUUUAAUGACACAUUCCAAUUUAAUGCCAUGGUUAUUUGGAAUUCCAUACCACUGACUAUAAGAAGAAAAACAAAAUUGUAAAUAUUUAAGAAUAGUUUCAAGAAAUACUUAUUUAAUCAACUUUAGCACGGUCCGUAUGUAUUAAAUAUACAAGAUACGCUCUUUAUAUUCAUACAUGUGUUUUUAGCUCACCUGUCACAAAGUGACAGGGUGAGCUUUUGUGAUUGCUUUUCGUCCGGCGUCCGUCGUCCGUCCGUCGUCCGUAAACUUUUACUUUAAAUGACAUCUUCUCAUAAACCACCAAGCCAAUUUCAUCAAAACUUCACAGGAAUGUUCCUUUGGUGGUCACCUUUGAAAAUUGUUCAAAGAAUUUAAUUCCAUGCAGAACUCUGGUUGCCAUGGCAACCAAAAGAAAAAAACUUUAAAUAUCUUCUUCUAAAAAACCCAAAGAGCUAGAGCUUAGAUAUUUGGCAUGAAACAUCUUCUAGUGAGUGUCUACCAAGUUUGUUCAAAUAAAAGCCCUGGGGUCAAAAUUGGCCCCGCCCCAGGGGGUCAUUGAUUUUCCCUAUAUGCAUAUAGUAAAAACUUAAAAAAUCUUUUUUUAAAGAACCCAAAGAGCUAGAGCUAAGAUAUUUAGCAUGAAACAUCCUCUAAUGGGUGUCUACCAAGUUUGUUCAAAUAAAAGCCCUGGGGUCAAAAUUGGCCCCGCCCCAGGGGGUCAUUGAUUUUCCCUAUAUGCAUAUAGUAAAAACUUAUAAAAUCUUCUUUUAAAGAACCCAAAGAGCUAGAGCUAAGAUAUUUAGCAUGAAACAUCCUCUAAUGGGUGUCUACCAAGUUUGUUCAAAUAAAAGCCCUGGGGACAAAAUUGGCCCCGCCCCAGGGGGUCAUUGAUUUUCCCUAUAUGCAUAUAGCAAAAACUUAAAAAUCUUCUUUGAAGAAACUCAUAUAGCUAGAGUUUAGAUAUUAAGCAUGAAGCAUCUUCUAGUAAGUGUCAACAAAGAUUGUUCAAAUAAAAGCCCUUUGGUCAAAACUGGCCCUGUCCCAGGUGUGUCAUUGUUUUUAACUAUAUGUGUAAAGAAAAAACUUGACCAGCUAGACCUUAGAUGUUUAGCAUGAAACAUCUUCUAAUGGGUGUCUACCAAGUUCAAAUAAAAGCCCUGGGAUUUAAACUGGCCCCGCUCCGGGGGCCUAUAUACAGGUGAGCGACUUCAGGGCCAUCAUGGCCCUCUUGUUUAUUAUUAUGUUUUCUAAUAAUGGGUGUCUGUCUUAGUUUCAAGUUUUUUGACUGUGUUAAUUUUGUUAAUUUUGUAAGUUAAUUUUACUUUUUAAAUUGCAGAUUAAAAUGAUGCACUGAUGAAAGUAUUAUGUUUAAUGAUAAAUAAAAUGAAUUGUAUGAAUGUUCAGUAUAUGUGUUAAUAUAUGUUAAAAUUGUGAUAACCAUUUAAUCAUUUCUUUUACAUGUUAUAUUUUCUUUGAUUGAUAUGUGUUCUUUUGUGUGUGUGUUUUUAUUUUUAUUUUUUAUUUUAGAAGGCCGCAUUGUUAAUAAGAUGUUGCAAUCUGUAUAUAUGUCUUAAUGUGUUACCUUCGGUAAAUAAAGUUAUUAUUAUUAUUA